CCCUGCCCACCUCCUGCAGCCUCCCGCGCCCCGCGGAGCUGGCGGAUGGAGCUGCGCCGCGGCGGCGUAGGGAGCCAGGCUGUGGGGCGCAGGAUGGAUGGGGACAGCCGAGAUGGCGGCGGCGGCGGCGGCUGCAAGGACGGCGGGUCGGAGGACUAUGAGAACCUGCCGACCAGCGCCUCCUUAUCCACCCACAUGACAGCCGGAGCGAUGGCCGGGAUCCUGGAGCACUCGGUCAUGUACCCGGUAGACUCAGUGAAGCGUCUGCGCGGCAUCUUGCUUGCUCUAGUUCAUAGAGAAACCAGGACCCCAGUCAAGCUCACCUUCCUGUCACUGUCCUUCCAACCAGUGUGCCGUCCCCCACCUUCCUACUGUCGUUAAGGACACGUGUCUCCGUUUCUGCCUGGGUCCUGAUAACUCGUAGUUGGCGGACUGGUGUCUCCGGUCCCGUCUUCCCCGGAGCCGGCUGUCCUGUUGCCUCACAGCCAUGUCGCACACUUGGCUGUCUCGGUGUCCAUGAUGGCCACGCUCCCGCCUGGGCCCCCUCCCUCAGGAACGUGGCGACUGUGGUCAGCUUUCCUCUCGCCUCUGCCCACUCUCCCCCCUCCCCCUGUAUGUUUCCAAGACCCUUCCGUUUCUGCAUCUGUGAUAGCUCUUUGAUUUGUUCUUCUCCCUCCCGCUGGGGCCACCUCGGUUCAGGGGACUCACUGUCUCCUUUGCAGUGAUGGCUUCCCUGACCACCCGAGUCACGACUGAGUACGCCCUCCCUCUCCUCGCCCCCACUUCCCCGUUGCCGGGCUCCGCUGUUUUUCUUCACCGCGUGUGUUACCUUCUAACACACAGUGCCCUUUACUUUUAUUUAUUGUUUGUAUUCUUUGUACAU